GUACAUUACGUCUAUAUUACAUGAAUUAGUUCAUGUGUGCCUGUUUGAAUGUGACUGGAGUAGUGCGUCUAUUUGAUUGAUAGACUGAGAGAAAUUGAUAGAUAUAUAUAUAUAUAUAUAUACCUGUAUUUGAUAAGGAGGGAAGGCCGCAGUGUUGAACAGGUAGUUACACUGGGCUGGGUGUGUCCCAGUUUCUCCGCAACACUGUAGGAGUUUUAAACUCUUACCACUUCAUGCAGAUUCAAGACACAGUGUAGGUUGAGUUAUCAUCUCUGUGAAAUGGUGACACAGGAUCUCUAAUGCUGAGUGCUUCCAGAAAGAAAUUCUUAGAAUUGCAUCCUUCAAGUGAUAUCAUUUAGAAAUCUUAUUAAGUCUAUACAGGAAAUUGUGCUUGUUGGGGAAAUUUUUUCAUCAUGAAUGGGCAGUCCGAUUCUCUGCCCUCCAAUCAUGUGGAACUUUACGUGAAGGCUGGUAAAGACGGAGAGAGUUAUGGAGCCAACGUAUUCUGCCAGAGAUUUUACAUGAUUCUGGAUAUCAAGGCUAAGCAUGGAACCUUAACUUACGAUGUCAUAACCAUCAACAUGGCCAGGCCACCUGCAGAAUUCAAACGAUUUGCUAAUCGUCUUCCAGUUCUCAGACAUAAUGAUGAAAUUCUGAUAGAUAAUGAUGAGAUUCUACAGUACAUUGAUGAACAUUUCCCUUAUCCUUCUCUGAAGUACGACAACAUGAUUGCACAUAGUGUGUGUUUGGAUGUCUUUGCCAAGUUUUCCUAUUACAUUAAGCAAGUCAGUCAUGGACCAGAGGCCCUCUUGAAAGAAUUGCAAGCAAUAAAUGACUAUUUAGAAACCAGUACCCAUAAGUUCAUGUGCAGGGAUGAGCUCUGUCAUCUUGAUUGUUUAAUGUUGCCAAAGCUUCAGCAUAUUCGAGUAGCUGCAAAAGCAUUCAAAGAUUUUGAAAUCCCAGAUGAUAUGGUCGGCCUUUGGCAAUACCUAAAAAGGGCAUAUGAAAACGACACUUUCCGUAAAACCUGUCCGUCAGAUCAGGAGAUUGUCCAUGAAUGGGAGUCAAAGGCUGGAAUCCCCCCUCUCUCUGAAUCAAAAAAGAAAAUCUACACAAUGGAUGGAUAUGUUGAACCUCAGUUUUCCAUGGAAGUACCUGAUUUACCCUCAUCAAAUGGACAGUGAUUCAAAUAUCAGUUACAAUCAUGCAUGUCAAUGCUUUUUGAAUUUUUGAACAGAGUUAUAGUUUUAAUGUUUACAAAUUAAGCAUGCUUUUAUAUUAUGUAUUUACUGCUACUUUUGAACAAAAACCCAUGCAGGAUUGGAUUUUAACAAAUACUUGAGUGAGGAAGCAAAUUUGCAAGAAACACAAACUUGAAACUCUUUCUUUCUAAUAAGUUUAACAUUUGACAUGUGCGCCUCAGUCUUGAUUAAUAAGUUUUGGAUUCCGAGGAGAUGUAAAUAGUUUGUUUGACUGGGAUGGUUGGAAUUUAGUUGACAUUUGUGAGCGUAGUUAGAUAACAUAUGCCCUCUGGGACAUGUUUUGACAUUUUCCACUCUUGUCAGUCUGUAUCAUGGGAGAUAAUUCAGGUCUGAUUAAAAAUCCAUUAUAAUUUAGAGAUAUAAUCCCACAAGAGAUCUGACAUGGAAAUCCUCAGUUAUGUAGUGGGACAUAUGCAUGUCUUAAACAUCCCCAGUUAUUUAGGGGGACAGAUGUAUGUCUUAAACCUGCAGUAGUGCAUGAUAUAUACCUGUGCUCACAUACCAGAUCUGGCAUUUAAAGAUUUACAAUUUCAUUUUUUUUUUUUUUUUCGCUUCUGAUUUAGUUUUUAGCUCACCUCAACGAAGUUGGGGGAGCUUAUGUAAUACCCUCGGCGUCGGCAUCCCAGGUUAAGGUUUUUGGAGCAGUUUUCUUUUCAAGUACUUCUAUGGCCUAUAUUAGUUAGAGAUGCAUGGAGGAUGCUUGUAGUGUGUUUUAUUGUACCAGUCAAGGUUUCAGAUGCUGCAAUUUCAGCUAAAGAAUGACCAGGUUAAUGUUUUUGGAGCAGGUCAAAGUUUUUGGAGCAGGUCUCAUUUCCAAGUAACUAUAAGCCCUAUAUUGACCAAACUUGCAUGGAUGAUACAUCUAAGGAUGCACACUACUGAACUUGCUUCGGAUGCUGGAUCUGACCUACAUUUUCCGGAUGAGUGACUAGGUUAAGGUUUUUAGAGCAGAUCUCAUUUCCAAGUAACUAUAAGCCCUAUAUUGACCAACCUUGCAUGGAUGAUACAUCUAAGGAUGCACACUACUGGACUUGCUUCGGAUGCUGAAUCUGACCUAUAUUUUAUGGAUGAGUGACCAGGUUGAAUUUUUGGAGCAGAUGUCAUUUCCAAGUAUCUGUAAACCCUAUAUAGACCAAACUUGCAUGGAUGAUACAUCUAAGGAUGUACACUACUGGACUUGCUUCGGAUGCUGGAUCUGACCUAUAUUUUCUGGAUGAGUAACCAGGUUAAAGUUUUUGGAGCAGAUGUCAUUUCCAAGUAACUAUAAGCCCUAUAUUGACUAAACUUGCAUGGAUGAUACAUCGAAGGAUGCACUGUACUGGACUUGCUACGGAUACUGGAUUUGACUUACAUUUUCCGGAUGAGUGACCAGGUUAAAGUUUUUGGAGCAGAUGUCAUUUCCAAGUAACUAUAAGCCCUAUAUUGACUAAACUUGCAUGGAUGAUACAUCUAAGGAUUCACACUACUGGACUUGCUUUGGAUGCUGGAUUAGACUUACAUUUUCCGGAUGAGUGACCAGGUUAAAGUUUUUGGAGCAGAUCUCAUUUCCAAGUAACUAUAAACCCUAUAUUGACCAAACUUGCAUGGAUAAUACAUCUAAGGAUUCACAGUACUGGACUUGCUUCGGAUGCUGGAUCUGACCUACAUUUUCCAGAUGAGUAACCAGGUUAAAGUUUUUGGAGCAGAUCUCAUUUCCAAGUAACUAUAAGGCCUAUCUGAACCAAACUUGCAUGGAUGAUGCAUCAAGGGACGAACAAUCUCAAAACUUGCUUCGGAUGCUGGAUUUGACUUACAUUUUCUGUGACUAGUGACUAGUUUUAAGUUUUCAGAUAAGUCUAUUCCCAAGCCCUAUCAGACCAAAAUUGCAUAAAUGUUGCAUCUAGGGAUGCACACUCAUUAUUAGUUUAGUGUGGGACUUUGCCUUACUUAAAGACAACAUUCGUUGAGGUGAGCUCUGUAAUCUCUGAUUACCUAUGUUUUUUUUACUGCAAUCUUUUAAUGUAGACUAAGCCUCUAAAAAUGGAUGUGUAUGUACAAGAGUGUCUACAGUGUACAUGUAUUGCAUCAGAUAAUGUCAUUUGUACUGAUGAUGAUAUCGAUAUCCAGUUUUAGAUUAAAUUGUUCCUUCUUUUCAAUCAUAUCAAGUUUGAAGAUUAACUGAAACUUUGACGGCUUUUGAAAUUUUUCAAUUAAAGUAUGAAAAUCUUUUUUGUAAAGUUGUACAAAGGAGGCACACAUUUAUAUCUGAGUGGUUGUUAUUUGUAUUGUUUAUUUACACUAUAGCAAUAUUCUAGUCCCUAUAAUAGCCAUCAAUUGUCUUGCCAUUUUAUGUCUACAAAUAAUACAUAUAUUUACAAUGUAUUAUACACAAAUAUUUUAUUAUUAUAUGAUUAUUUUAUUAUAUGAUCUGUGUAUUUUGCUUGUAUUUUAUGUAGUAAGUUUUAUUUAAUAGAAGUGAAAUUGUGUUAAAUGUUAUAAGGCUACAAGUCAGCUGCUGUACUUAAGUAGAUUAUACAGUUCAUCAAAAUAUUUUAUUAUACCUUUAAGAAUUGCUUCCUAUAUAAAUCUAUACUAAAGAAGUCUAACAUUAUCAAUGUUUUACUGAGUGGUCAUAAAAAAAUUGAUGUUUGACCGUGGAGUGAGAUAUUGGACCUGUCGAUGAGAUACUGGACUGCUUACAUCACACUGUCUUAAACCUGCAGUAGUGCAUGCAGGAUCAACUAUAUCUUUAUAUUUGCAUUCAUUGAGUGACAUUGCGGGUAAAGAAAAUUUACAAUAUGGAAGCCAGCACAAGAUAUAUGUAUGUCAAAAAAUAAAAGGUAUAACAAAACAUUUAUUGACUGUGUUCUCGGUAAAAAUGCGUUUUGUCGACCCCUUGAAUCAAACUGUUUGCCAACGGCCUCAGACAAAAAGUUUGGUUCUUGGGUCCAACAAAACACAUGUUGGCCUCAAACCCAGUCAAUAAAUGUAUAAUGUUUCCUGAUAAUACAAAAAAAAAACCCUUUCCAAUAAAUAAUUAAAAUAAUAUUCAAAUUUUUUAAAAAAGUUUGAUUCACUGUCUUACUGGUAUAGACUAUUAUUUAUUGAAAACAAAAUGGUUUAUAAUUUCAAUUUUUUGAAAUAAAUAAAAGUACUGAAAAUAGGCAUAUACUCUUUCCCAAAAGCAUAACCCUAAGCAUUACCAAGUAUCAAGCUAACUUAUAGCCCUAUAUACAUAUACAGUCGUGCCUUGUUAAUCCAGACAUUUGUGUCCCUCAUCCAGAUUAAUUAAGAGUCCUGUUUACGCAAACAUACUUUAUAUAAAUUGUUCCCCAUGAACUUCUUCCACAAGAUUUAGUGUUUGGAUUAUUGGCUCCGGAUUAACGAGGCUCCACUUUACAUAACGGUUACGAACAGUUUUAUUUAGGCUAGUCAUUAUAUUCUUCUAGUGAUAUUUUUAGUUGCAUGCACCAUAUCAUAUACAUGUUAGUGUUUAUUCGUUGUGUUGUGUUAAUGUGUUAUGUUUGCUUUUUAGAAUCAGUCUUUGAAGAACAAAAGUUUUCAGUUUCCUCAAAAUUUUUUGCUCAUUUUCAUUUUUUGCAGCAAAUUUGUGAAUGUUAAUGAUAUGUUUCUGUUACAUUUUUACCUCCGAGUUCUAACACUGGUUUCAGAUCAAAUUUAGGUUUAAAAUUUAAAUUUUGAAAUUUAAUAUUUUAGGGGUAAACGACCGUCUACUUACUAGAACUAAAAAUGUUUGUGCAAGUAUGACAAUUUUUUAGCAGAAGUAGAGAUGAAAAGCAUAUUUACUGUAACCAUACAGGGCAAAAUAUUGUCAAAUUGUAAAGGAGACACAGUGAUGUAUCAAUGAAAGAGUUAUCUCUCUUUGUAAACAAAGGGUCAGAUAACCUUAAAAUUUAAGAAGAACAAAGCACCUGUAAUAAGUAAAGGAACUAUUUAAGGUGGUCUUACUUUUAAGAUCUUUAUAAAGCGGCUGUAACAUCAUUGCUAAGAAAAAACUGUGGUAUAAAUUAUCAGAUCUGUGCAGAUUUUUAAAGCUGUGUAAAUAAGUUACUGUAAUGUGUUAUCAUUUUUCAAUACUGGUGUUUUAUAGCAUCACCCAAAAGACUUUUUAAGCAGCUUUUCUAUGGAGUUAAAAACUUUUGUUGUGUAUUCUACAAUUGUAUUGUUUAUUAAUUUCAAUAAAAUGCUGAGAAUAUU